AUACAACUGCCCUUGGUUUUGCCAACGAAAAACCGAAGCAAAAGAUUUGGGAGAGGCGAUUCCAAGAGGAGAAGAAAGAAUGGGAGAGGCGAUUCCAAGAGGAGAAGAAAGAAUGGGAGAAGCGGUUGCAAAAGGAGCCGAGAAGAAGGUGAUGGUGGCCAUUGACGAGAGCGAGAGCAGUCAUUACGCUCUCAUGUGGGUUCUCGACAACCUCAAAGACUCCAUAACCGACUCGCCCUUGACCAUCUUCAUGGCUCAGACUCCCUCCAACGGCAACAUCACCUUCUCGGCGUCGCUCGGCGCUGCUCGCAUGUACUAUCCUACGUCUUCCAGUCAGGAGUUUGUUAACUGUUCCCAAGAAAGUCACAGGAAGUUUGCGUUGGCACUGUUGGAGAAAGCUAAGCAGAUCUGUGCUAGUCGUGGGGUAAAUGCAGAGACAGUCACAGAAGUUGGAGAUCCGAAAGCUGCCAUAUGUGAUGCUGUCAAAAAACACGGCAUCAAGCUGCUAAUUGUAGGCGAGCGUGGGCUCGGAAAAAUCCAAAGGGCAAUUCUUGGUAGCGUCAGCGAUUACUGUGUUCAGUACGCCAAGUGCCCUGUCCUCGUCGUGAAGAAAUCAAAAGCUGAAGCUCUUGCUUGACAUAUGAUUUGUAUUCAGUAUGUGAAUGUUUCUACAUCAAAAGAAUAGAGUGGAACAUAUUGUGUUUAGAUUUUGGAUGAUUCAGCUAUCGAUUGACUAUUGUGUUUAGUUUUGGAUGACACUGGUAUCGAUUGAACAACAACGAUGUAAGAAACUAAUUAAGCAGUAAGAUAUAUUAUACAGGGUUUGUAA